CUUCCGGGGCAGAGGGCGGCCAAGAUGGCGGCGCCCACGGAGCUCUUCUGCUGGGCUGGGGGCUGGGGCCUGCCGUCCGUGGACCUGGACAGCCUGACCGUGCUGACCUAUGCCAGAUUCACUGGUGCUCCACUCAAGGUGCACAAGAUUACCAACCCCUGGCGGAGCCCUUCAGGCACCCUGCCCGCCCUUCGCACCAGUCACAGAGAGAUCAUCACAACACCACACAAAAUCAUCACCCACCUUCAGAAAGAGAAGUACAAUGCCGAUUACGACCUGUCAGCCCGGCAGAGGGCAGACACCCUGGCCUUCAUGUCCCUCGUGGAAGAGAAGCUGCUUCCGGUGCUGAUACAUACGUUUUGGGUAGACGCCAAGAACUAUGUGGAAGUGACCCGGAAGUGGUACGCAGAGGCGAUGCCCUUUCCUCUCAACUUCUUCCUGCCUGGCCGCAUGCAGCGGCAGCGCAUGGAACAUCUGCAGCUACUGUGUGGGGAACCCCGGCCAGAGAACGAGGAAGAGCUGGAGAAGGAGCUGUACCAAGAAGCUCGGGAGUGCCUGACCCUUCUCUCGCAGCGCCUGGGUUCUCAGAAAUUCUUCUUCGGAGAUGCCCCCGCCUCCCUGGACGCCUUUGUCUUUAGCUGCUUGGCCCUGCUGCUACAGACCAAGCUGCCCAGCGGGAAGCUGCAGGCCCACCUCCGGGGGCUGCACAACCUCUGUGCUUACUGCAGCCACAUCCUCAGCCUCUACUUCCCCUGGGAAGGAGCUGAGGCGCCACCCCCACGUCCAGCACCCACGGGCCCAGACACCGAGGAGGAGCCCUACCGGCGCCGGAGCCAGGUCCUGUCCGUGCUCGCAGGCCUGGCAGCCAUGGUGGGCUAUGCCCUGCUCAGCGGCAUUGUCUCCAUCCAGCGGGCAGCGCCAGCUCGGUCCCCUGGGCCCCGAGCCCUGAGCAUGGCUGAGGAGGAUGAAGAGGAAUGAGUCUUCCUCACCCCCCAGGACUGAGUUUUCUACUGUCACGCAUUCCAGAAGUGGUACGCCCCCACCCCCCUGUUGUCAGCACAGCCAGAAGUGGGGCACCACUCCUCAGAAUAAACCUGCUCAUGGACUGAG